AUGAAGGGCUGGACUAAUAAAACUGACUCGACCUUUCACCUGCUGUGCGGACAGCUCCCCCUGCCUCUGCUUCCUGCCAUGAACGCCACCCUCUCCGCGCUCCUCACCCCGGCCUCCGUGGACCUCCAGCUGCCCACCUUCUCCACGGCGGCCCUGGUGCGCGUGGUCCUCACCUCCAUCCUGUGCGCGGCGUCGACGCUCUGCAACGUGGGCGUGCUGUGGGCGGCCAGCGGCCACAAGCGCAGCUCGCACGUGCGCGUGCUCAUCCUGCACCUGACGGCGGCCGACCUGCUGGUGACGCUGAUCGUGAUGCCGGUGGACGCGGCGUGGAACGUGACGGUGCAGUGGCUGGCGGGCGACGCCGCCUGCCGCCUGCUGAUGUUCCUCAAGCUGCAGGCCAUGUACUCGUGCGCCUUCGUCACCGUGGUGAUCAGCCUGGACCGCCAGUCGGCCAUCUUGAACCCGCUGGGCUUCAGCGAGGCGCGGCGGAGGAACCGCGCGAUGCUGAGCGUGGCCUGGAGCAUGAGCCUGCUGCUGUCUGCUCCGCAGAUCUUCAUCUUCCACAGCGUGACCAUCACCCACCCGCAGAACUUCACCCAGUGCACCACCAGGGGCAGCUUCCAGACGCACGGACAGGAGACGGCCUACAACAUGCUGACCUUCUGCUGCCUCUUCCUCCUGCCCCUCGUCAUCAUGAUCACCUGCUACUCCCGCAUCCUCCUCCAGAUCUCCAGGAGGAUGCGCAAGGCCUCCUCGUGCAACGAGGCGCCGCUGCGCUGCUCCCGGGACAACAUCCCGCGGGCGCGCAUGCGGACGCUGAAGAUGAGCCUGGUCAUCGUGCUGUGCUUCAUCGUGUGCUGGACGCCCUACUACCUGCUGGGCCUCUGGUACUGGUUCUUCCCGGACCACAUCGAGGGCAAGGUGUCCCACUCCCUCACCCACAUCCUCUUCAUCUUCGGCCUCUUCAACGCCUGCCUGGACCCCAUCGUCUACGGCCUCUUCACCGUGCGCCUACGCAAGGGCCUGCGGGGUAGCCGUGGCAACGCGGCCCCCGUGGUGGCGUCGGAGCACUGUCGCGUCGCGGCGGUGGAGCCCGCAAGAAAAAGCCCCGUCGCGGCGGCGCUAGCAGCCGGACGGCCCACUUCCAUCCCGUAGUGUCAGGCCAGCCAAUCGAAUCGCUCCGUCGCUUAAGCCUGAAGUCGGGGGGUCUGGGUCAAUGAGGAAAGAGACGGUAAAACCCAGCGACCUUCAGAAGCAGAACCCAUGUCACUACAGACAUAGACCGCAGAGACCUGAGGGCGCCUCCCCCCCCCCACCCCCCAUGAGCUGACGUGCACAUCCUGUGCACGUCAGCUCAGUUUCAGGUGAUUUAUUUGUGUGUGUGUGUGUGUGUGUGUGAAGGUGUGUGUGUGUAAGGAUGAUUGAUUAUCCAACUUCUUCAUACAGUCUGCAAUAUUCAUAAUUAAUAAUGUAUUAGCUAUAUAUCUCAUGCUUUAAGUUGCAACCUGCCAAAACUAUGCUUAGCAUUAGGUUUAUUGGACCGCAUUCACGUUUUGGUUGGUUGUCAUGGUUACCAAAUAAUCGAAACCGGUUCCCCAUCCCAACUAACCAAACAUGGCUGCAAGGUGAACAAGGUCUUUGGUGUCAGAGGGGCCAAAGUUAAAGGUGAUGACCUUAGGUCACGUAAAGGUCAUGACCUCAGGUCACGUAGAGGUGAUGACCUCAGGUAACGUAGAGGUGAUGACCUCAUACGUUCUGUAUGUUCAAUGAUAAACAUGUUGUAGCCUCACCCAGCCCCAGAGUCCAAUCAGCCUCUGCCAGGUGAGGCUUCUUGAACCAGCCAUCAUCCACACACACUGCCACACGUGUUCUUUAUGUUCGAUGAUAGACAUCUUCUAUAUGUUCGAAGAGAAUGUCUUCAGAGUAAGUUGUAGUGCUUGUCUUGUGCUUUGUGAAUAUUCCCAUGUGUUUAAUUUCCGGAGGAAAAAUGAUAAACCCAGGAACAAUAAUAACAGUGGAGGAUGUCAUGUGUUCAUUUGUCUUUACGUGUUACCAGUGAUGAAUAACUCUAAAACUCAAGAGGCCAGAUGAUUGAAAUAAGCAGUUUGUGGGUACAUUUAGCGAAUAUCCCCAUAAUUCACAUCAUUCAAGGGAUCAGGGAAGGAUAUACAACAGCGGGUGUAUAUCCAAUUUCAUACACCCGCUGUUUUGGCCGCCCUGCUGAAUAUUGUCAUCA